AUGACGGGAAAGGCGGAUUUCAUUCAACGCGAUGAUUUCAAUGCUUCACAGAGUGAUGCUGGAGCUAUGCCGGCCUUGACACAGGUCCCUACAUCGGUGACCCUGUCGGCUGAGCAGUUUGAGAAGCUCUAUCUCAGUCCUAUGAUGCAUCGUCAGCCGGCUCUUGCGAAGAAUCUUGGUAAUCCUACGCCUCUGGGACUUGGAGCUUUCGUGCUCACCGCCACGCCGCUGGCAUGUUGCCUGAUGGCCUGGAGAGGUGCUGGUGGAGGUGGAGCUGCCUUCAGUGGAGUUUUGAUUUUGUUCGGUGGCCUUAUUCUGGUCGUUUCUAGUAUUUUGGAAUUUAUCCUUGGAAACACGUUCAGUUCGGUUGUGUUUGGUCAUCUGGGUGCUUUCUGCUUGGCUUUUGGUGCUAGCAUGACGCCAGCAUUCAACUCUGCCGCCCCCUAUUCUCCAGAUGGAACGAACACAUUGGCUGGUCUCCACAGUGCCGGCUUUGUGAAUACCUUUGCAUUCUUCUUCCUAUUCAUGGCCCUACUGAUGGUGAUCUACACAAUCUGCGCAAGUCGCAUAAACCUGCUUUUCUUCGUCAUCUUCCUGAGUCUGGUGGUGACAUUCUCGCUUCUGGCCGCCGCAUACUGGAAACUUGGGACCGGAGAUGAAGUGAUGGGUAACCACCUGACUGUGGGUGCGGGUGCUUCUCUAUUUGUGGCUACUGCGAUGGGAUGGUGGUUGUUAACUGCCCAGCUGCUUGACUGUGUUGGAUUCCCUCUUUCGUUACCUGUUGGUGAUUUGAGUGGUAUUUGGCGUCGUCUUCAGAGACAGAAUGAUCCCGAACUGGGUGCCGGAGCCAAUGGCAAGUACUAA